AAAACCACAACCAAAGGCCAUCAAAGUACAGCUGGUACAGUGAGCUGAAGCACUGAGAAAAACAACACAUCACCACCAUGGGCAAGGUCAUCUUCUACGAGGACAGGAACUUCCAGGGCCGCAACUAUGAGUGUAUUAACGACUGUUCUGAUAUCUCCUCAUACCUGAGCCGCGUUGGUUCCAUCAGGGUGGAGAGCGGUUGUUUCAUGGUCUAUGAGCGCAAUAGCUUCAUGGGCAACCAGUUCUUCCUGAGGAGGGGCGAGUACCAUGACAUGCAGCGCAUGAUGAGCAUGGGCAUGAUGUUCGACAGUAUCAGAUCUUGCCGCAUGAUUCCUGCAUACAGGGGAUCCUUCAGGAUGAGGAUCUAUGAGAGGGAUAACUUUGGAGGACAGAUGUACGAGCUGAUGGAUGACUGUGAAAACAUCAUGGAUCGUUUCCGUAUGUCUGACUGCCAGUCCUGUCAUGUGAUGGAUGGUCAUUGGCUCAUGCAUGAGCAGCCCAACUACAGAGGCAGGAUGAUAUACUUUAGGCCCGGAGAGUACAGGAGCUUCAGAGAUAUGGGAUAUAGCAACAUGAGAUUCAUGAGCAUGAGGCGUAUCACUGACAUGUGUUAAAUCGCUAGAAUUUAGAAGCAAAUAAAGUGUUAUUUUCAGAACUAG